GUAUGAGUGCGUGUUGUCGCAGAAAGCAAUACACAUUCCUAACGUGUUGGUUGUUGGGUCUGUGAGGAAAGUGUGUCAUGAACUUCGACCCCAUCGUUAGGGUUUGGAGAGCAUGCGAGUCCUAUAGAUAUCUACAAUCAGGUUUCUCGGCGUUUUUUUUAUUUUUUAAAUAUAAUUUUUACAAUUUUACGAGAAGAGUAUCACACAGAGAGGAACAUUGGACAAGGCUUAAAACUUUGCUGAGCAUUAAAGGCAAAUUUUGAUAGGCUGUGUUAGGUUACUAUCGUUGUAAGCAGCAAUAAUAACAGUGAUUGGAUAAAUGAGUAUAAGUGCGCGUGCUCACUGCGUGCGACUAGAGGCGGGGAGUUCUAAAGCAAACUGAAAACUGCAAGAACGAAACGUAUAAAUUGCAAGUGGGCAGCUUGAUUACCUCUUGAGCUACCCUGCGCUAUACAUCGCCUUACGUACGUAAGUCCCUGCUCUGUCCGCCAGAUUUCAUUGCAGAAUCAUGACUGUAGCCGAGUUAAGGUAAUUGAUGUUUUAUAAAACACGAGUAGAUCUACAUGGUGUAUAAUAUACACGAAUUGUAUUUCUAUUAGCAUAACUAGAUAUUGAUAAACAUUGCAUUACAUGCAGGCCUAGUGGAAGGCUACUAGAUAUAACUUAUCUAAAGGGGACGCAGUUUCCAUCUAAAUAUAUAUGCAUUGUACUAAUAACUAAUUUCUAGAUCAAUAAGGACUUUAAUAAAUGUAGGCCUCUGCUAGACAUGACAAGGUUUGAUUUUAACGUUUAUUAUUAACACGGCUUUCUCAACACUGCAGUAGGCCAACAGCCUACAAGGGUUAUAGGCUAAUAUGUCGUAAUAAUAAUAUAUUUCUUGUUUCAUUUAUCAUCUGGUUCUGGCGUCGCACCAUUCUUGCCCUAUUAUAUCAACAUAGAAAAGAUUUUACUUUUGGUUGAUUUCUCAUGGAUGCUGAAGGCAAAAAUUAAAGGCAACCGUAAAAGUUAAUAGAACGUGUCGUUCUUUAGCCUAGGCCUACUUUCAAAGAGGAUGUUGGCCUAUGAUGUAUGGGUUUGUUUCGUAUUGUCAAAGUACCAAGUACCAAGCCAUGUCAUGCUUUUCUACAUGAUACAUGGGAGGUAACUCGGGUUAUUUUGCGUUACAAUGGCGCAGAGACAGAGACUUCCAAACUUGAAAAUUUGUGUUGACAACACCGAGUCAACAGACGAAUCUGAUGUUGAAGUGCAAGAAUCGAAUUCUUCAGAGUCAGAUGUUGACCCAACGCCACCCCAUAGAGGAGGUAAUUUCAAACGCGCUCUUGAAGAUGGCGAAGUACGGGAGGACGAGCAAGGAGAUGUAUUAUCGAUUUCAGGAGAACCCACAGAACGUAGGUUUUUGUCGAGACGAUCGUAUUUACCUGGGUCCAGACCAGCUGGGGAAGCCGCUCAGUAUGGGCCUCGAGUGUAUGAAAACACAGCUGGAAGUUUUGUGACUGGAAUAGAUGUCACGUCUGAGGCUGCAGUGGAGAAACGUGAGCAGAGAGGCAAGCGGUUUGGGACACUCAGUACACCAAAGCACCCAAUCACAGAUGUAGAUCUGAAAAAUUUGUACAAAAGCCUUGGGAUGAACAUUGACACUCUGGAUCAGGACUCCCGGGGCUGGAGACAGGAGGCCAUCCUGUUGAGGGGCACGGAGAACAUGAGCACCAAGGAUGUCUUCGACUAUUUCUCCGAGUUCUGCCCAAAGGGUGUAGAGUGGAUCGAUGAUAUGACAUGUAAUGUCGUGUGGAUGGACAAGCUGACUCCUGCCCGAGCCUUCCUAAAGCUGAGCUCUUCUGCCGCCGAGGAUGUAUUGGCUGCCAAGGCAGCUAAUGAACAGAACUCGAACAUGGACGGUGUGAGUCCACUGAAUCGUGGCAAGACAGACCAGAUGGAUGCCAGCUGUGGACCCCUGGACUCAAACCCUCAGUCUUCUGCCACCGGAGCUGAUGGUGGAUCUCAAGAACAGAGUGGGUCUCAGUCGGAGCAGCCUCAGCAGCAAGUGCCGGUGUUGAACAUUCAGGAAGAAGAAAAUAUGGAAUUGGACUUUGAUGAUACUCUUGACUUGACCGUGGAAGACCCUAUUGACCAAGCAUUGACCACGUGGACAAAUCAUACGCAAAACAAGAAAAAGCAAACUGAAGACAUUGAAAGUUCGGGAACGUUGGGAGUCAAGGAAGGAGGCACUCUUGGUGCUUCAGGUAGCCGUGAAGCGUUGUCGGAGAAAGAGAAACAGUCUAUGCGGAUUUCUGAAAAAGAGAGUGAUGAGACUCCAGCAACAGAGGAUGUUAGUGUCGGUGUUAAAGGAGGGAGAAAAGUUUCAGACAAGAGAAGUGCUGAUUCGGAGAUUAGAUUAGACUCGAAUGCAGAAGUUGGGAUUCGGAUAAAAAGCGAGGAAGACUUUUCCAAGAGUGGCCAGGGAAAUAAUAAACUGUCCCAAAAAGAAGGUAAGCUGUUGAAAGAAGAUAAAAAGAGCAAAUUGAAAGGGGUCCAGAAAGAGAAGAAAGACAAAUCAAAUAAGUCGUUGAAGAGACCAGAGAAAAUGGAUAUGGAGGGUGGCUCCGACUCGGACAGUAGCUCCUCAUCUUCCUCGUCAUCGUCCUCAUCGUCAUCAGACUCAGGGUCAGGAUCAAGUUCUAGUUCAGAUUCUGACUCCUCCUCCUCCUCCUCAUCUUCAUCAUCCAGCAGGUCAUCAGAAGGCAGCAGGAAAAAGGUUAAAAAGACUGUGUCAGAGAGAAAUAAGGAGAGAGAGGCCCGGAAAAGUGCAAAGAAGCCCCAGGCCCCACCUAUUCCACCCCCCUCAAGAGACCUGAGCGAUAUCCCGUGGCCACCGGGUUUCUGGAGACUUGGUGUUCCCCACAAGAAAGCCGAGUUCUUGUUUCUACGCUACGCUAUGAAAGCUGAUAAGAAACUCCCUGGUGCAGAGAAAAGGAGCCACUACUAUGUCAAACAUGGGAACCCUAAUUUUGGAGGUCUGAAAGGCUUCAUCAGCACUUCAAGGAAGAGACGCCUUAGAAACGUUGAAAGUGAAAAAGCUGAUGAAAGUCUUAACCCAUCGAAUAUGUUUGUUGGUGGUCUGAAAGAGGAGACGGUUGGCGCGAAGUCACGGCUUGCAGGCCGGCUGGGUGUACCUUCCAAACUGAAGAGCAAGAGGGUUGAGAGGGAAGGCCCUCGCGUAAAACUUGCAGAAGGGACAGACCUGAGAGACGUGCUGAACCAAGAUCUGGAUGAGGAUGCGGCCAGGGAGAUAGAGAAUCGUUCAGUUUCCGGUGGCAACUCAGAUGAUGAAAUGGAUUAUGGUGCUGAGCUGGAGAGACUGAUGGGCGAAGAUGGGCCUCCAUCUAAAAAGAGAUUCAUGCGUAUGCACGCGGAUGACGAAGAAGAGAAAAUCAUUGCCCGGAAGGCAUCCAAAGUCAGAGCCAAGGCCAUUAUGCCGUUGAGGGAUUACCACGUUGAUGAUCAUUCCGAGGAGGAGGAGGAAGAGGAAGGCGUGCUAGAGGAGGAGGAAGAGGAGGAGUUUGAACCUCCUCCCCGUCAGCGGCAGUGGGUGGAUUACGACAAUGUGGAGGACGACGACCCUUUUAACUUGUUUGGUACGGCCAAAAGAGACAAUAGUAGUGCAGCAGUGCUGGCUGCCAAACAGCUGAGCGAGGACAGCGAGGAGGAGGAGAGGGGCAUGUACGCAGCUCGUAGGCCGCACGCCAACAACAGAGACAGUCGAAACGAUCGACGCCCUCUCAUGCAGAGAUUGGGGCAGCGGCAGAGAGGUGCGGGAUUUGAGACGUCGUCGGAGAAUGCAGCAGGAACUGUAGAUCUUAGGGCUAAGCUGGUUGGGCGGAGGAGGAACAACAACAGGAAGUGGUAGUUAGAGUUAGUAUGUGUUCUGUCUGAGGAUGUAGAUGUUUGUCAUGAAAAUUGUAAAAAGUCAUAUAUAUGUGAGGCAGCGUGGUAAAAUCAGUGGCUCGUCAAAAUAAUGAAAUCGGAGAAGCAGGCAUU